AUGCUCGGUAUUUUCAUCUUAUUUAAUUGCUCGAGGUGUUAUUUUUCACUUGGUGAACGGCGCUUCCAGGAGCCGACAUUUUGUUUCUACUUUAAUGCCGUCGUAUUUCUUCUGCUGCAGGCUAAUUGUUGCUGGGUUCGCGUCGUUAACCUUCUUCUUAGUGGACUCGCUAUUUUUCAUCUUGCUUACCUUGCAGUUAUGUUCGAUACCAGUGAACAGCAGGAUAAGGGCUACAAUAUGCUCCAUGUUCUGAAGAAGUGGUCCGAUCUCUAUUUCCUCAGUCAUAUCAUUGCGGCCUUGACCUAUCUUCUUUCGUUGGUCCUCUGA